AUGAUUCAAAAUGUCGUCUCCCUCCACAACAUCACCGGUGGCGAUGCGGUGAAAUUUCCCUUUUCUCCAGCCGACUACCAGCGCUAUGUGUUCGGCGACGAUCGACUAGCGCAUCGCUUUGGCAGGGAGCUCGCUAAGGUUUUUAUUCCGACCAUCUGCAACUCGAGAGACGAUUUCGCCGUUGCCGUUCUAUCCGAAAAGGUCCCAACGGCUACACACAGCCUCCGCGACCACUUCGUAGCGUAUCUCAAUCGGCAUCUUAUAGCGAAUAACGCGUCGCCAGCACUGAAAAUCGAUUUCCACCAUGUGGGAAGCAAUACGAAGCUACGGAACGGUCCGUCGACCAGCAAGAGAAACGCCUAUCAUAUCGACACUGAGCGCCUCCAAGACAGGACCCUCAUCGUUCUCGCCGACUUCCGAACAGGCCAAGCGUGGGAGGACCUGGUUAGAUCGUCAUUCGGCGCCCGAGGUGUCACGACUAUCUUCGCCUACUUGGCAUCUCUUGACCAGUCCACCACCACUACAGCCCUGACCAAAUUCCUCUCCUCGGUCAUCAGUCCCUCGAUGAAGGAAAUUCAGAAUAUCUCCCAACCGCCCAACUUUGUCAUGAACGAGUGCUUCGUCAAAUUUAUACUGGGAAGAGAAUACAGCGAGUUUUGCCCGUUCAUAAGACGGCAAGACGACCACUUCGUAAGGCUGCUGUUGGAUCAUGCCAUAAACGGUCACUAUCACGAUGAUCAAGAACAUGCGCACAAUGUGCAAUUCUUACUGUGGGAGGUCGAAGCGCGGGAAAGCAUGUAAUCAGGACGGAGGCCGACAGCGUUAAUGGCAAGACACUCUCACAGCAAUCAAUGGGCUCUGCAGCCCUGCAUGUUAAA